AUGUCAGAUAUGGAUUUUCAUAGUAUAACUUUAACAGAAGAUCUUGACAAUACCACUGUUACAAUUAAUAGUGGAAGAGAUACUCAAAUAGAAGAAGUUAAAAAAUAUAUUUUAGAAUCAAUUAAGAAUCAAUUUCCAGACGGAGACUAUCAUGCAAGUUUUGAUAAAGAAAUUAAUAAAACAUCUAACAUUCCACUACAACCAAUAUUACAACAUGUUAUUGAUAAUCAAAAUUAUUAUUCACGAUUGUAUCUUAAGUGUAUUGAAGAAUCUACAAAAUUUGUUAAACAACUUCAUGCAACAACAAAUGUGUUAUUUGAUUCAUGUAACUUAAAAAAAGAAGAAGAAAUAAUAAAGAAAAUAAAUAAUAAAAGUAUUAUAAACAAUAAUGAUGGUGAUUGUAAAGUAAUUGGAAAUUAUGUAAAAAAUAUUUUUGAAGAUUUUGAAAUAUCUCAAAAAAAGUAUGAUGAUAUAAAAAAAUUAACAGAUACUAUGAAAAAUCUUUUAAAUAUGAUAAAAAAAGAAAUUUAA